AUGGACCCAUGGUUGGUUUUUAAUGGGCUCCUGUGUCAUUAUAUUCUUUUGAAGGAGGUAGAGGAGGAUAAGGAAGAUGUCAUUAGCUUUAAGUUAUUGGGAAAGAAGGUGUCUUUCGGGCGGGAAGAGUUUGAUAUAGUGACAAACUUGAGAUAUAGGCCCAGACAUGUGGUUGAGUUUGAUGAGGAUAUUGCUCUUAAGCUUGGGAAGUUAUACUUUGGCAAUAGGAUUAACAUGAAUGGGGUUGAAUUGGACAAGGAUUUUUCGGACUUUGAGUUCAAGAGUGAUGAGGAUGUAGUGAAGCUGGUCGUAUCCUAUUUCAUCGAGUUGGAGAUGAUGAGAAUGAAAAGGAGCCAACAUAUGGACUUGACCAUGUUGGGGAUGAUUGAUGUAUGGGAGGAUUUUUGUAGCUAUGAUCAGGGCAACAUGAUAUUUACAAAAACAUUGAGUAGCUUAUAG